UUUACCGUUGGGUAUGGUGCUGCUGAGAAAAACUGAACAAAUGAGCCCUGUGGCGUGUUUGAGGCUGUUUGUGCUUUGGUUUUGGCUACUGGCUUGUGAUGUAAAUUGUGAGAACCCCCACAGAGGUUAUGUCCAGGAAGGACAUUCCCCAGUGGGAGUCCACAAUGACAACAGAAACUAUGAAAGAUGGAGUGAACCCCCCAUUUUCAGAAUCUCCAAAGCUGGUUACAAGACAUCAAACGUGAACACAGGGCAAAGUGGCAAGAUUUACCCUGCUCAAGAAGAUCACACCACUGACCCUAAAUCAUCGCAAAUUCAAAGCCCUCUUCCUUAUGCUGUUAUUCCUGAAAGGCAAAAUAGCAAUGUUCCAAAAAGCAAAGUCACCCAUUUUGAAUCUGGCUUCAACACAGGAUCAGUUACACAGGAACAAAGUGCUGACACUUUUCCUGAUGGCGAGAGGAUUCAUCAAGCAAGCUCCGAUUCUGUAGUCUCCUCUGGUCCGGUUCAGUUUCCACUCCGUAUAUAUCGUGACAGAACUAAGUCAAAAGGAGGUCUUUCAACUGUUCAGGUAGACAAAGCUCCAAGAGGCUUUGGACCCAACAAGAGAAAGGGCCUCAUUUAUUCACAAAGCAAUACAGCAAGCCCAAAUAUUCCAGCCACCAAGUCUAGUCUGAAGUCUGAGUCUAACAAGAUUCACUCUGGACCCAACAUACGUCCUCUAUAUCUACAGAAAUCCCAUCUCACAACAUGGCCUGAGGUGAGUCGGUAUCACUCUGCACAUAUUUUUCACAACAGAAAAAAAUCUUUUCCAAAAGUUUUAAAACCCAUUGACAAGAGGACGGACUCCAUGGUGAAGGGACAUUCUCCUGGCAGAAAUUUAGCAGGAAAAGUUAACAGGCAGAUGCCUUAUCCAGUAUGGAGUCCCAGGGCCUAUGACAGUGAUGUGAUGUCUGAAGCAAAAGGAUACGCCCAUGUCCGGCACCUCAAGCCUGGUUUUGACAAAACAAGGCCCCAAUGUAGUUUGGCAUGCAGAAAGUUCCUGGAAACUUGUUUUCCAUAUGUUAAUCAGAAUCAAGGCAGUUACAGCCAUGAUUUAACAGAACUGGGAUGUGGUCUUGGUGUUCAAACAUCAAGUGAAAGGAAGCUAAAUCAUAAUUACAAACCAGGAAACCAACCCAGCAGCUGGCAUCGUCUCCCACCAGACAGAGCACACAUCCCUGUCCAAGGCAAAUUUAAACCUUUCCAGAGACUUCCUACGAAUAACAAUCUCUCUGCUCACACCAAUUCAUCAGACAAUAAAACAGCUCCCACUCAGACAUUUGCAGGGUCAACCCUUCCUCCUAGUUUGAACUCCACAGGUAUGAAUUCAACAACUGUCCCCUCUGUCCCCGGAGAUCUGAGCACCAAGCCCCCUUCAUCCAUGCAGACACGGGACCAAGCUGAUCUAUCGCAAGCAUCAAAGCCUGAGGGUCAGUCUGGCGGUGCAGCAGAAGAUAGACCUUCCCUGAAUCUAAACAACUCAUCACCCGGGAGUUUCAAAUAACAUUAAAAACUUUGUUUAAAUAGUGAA